AUGUCCUCUUUACUCAAUCGCUCUAUUAGCGAGAUCGCCCAGCAAGGUCGCGGAGGCAGAGCGUCGCCGUACAACCGCUCCGCCAGCGGGUCUCGUCCUGCCUCAAGUGAUAAAUGGGGCCAUGACGGCUACGAAGAGCUCAACAAGCACGACCGGCGGACAUCUACUCCCACAGAAAAGCUCAUCGUCGAAGGUCUGCAUUGGGAAGUAUCGGAGGAUGAGCUGAGAUCGCUGUUUGAGGCAAUGGGACCAGUGAGACGGUGUUUCAUCAAAUACGACCGCUCAGGCCGUUCAACAGGUACAGCCAUCAUCCACUACGAGAGUGUAGCCGACGCAACAAGGGCCAGAUCAGAGUACGAUGGAGCCAAUGCAAAGGGUCAGCCCAUCAGAAUCUCCUUCGAGGAAGUGAGAGGCCCCAGGGGCGCGCCAGCUGCUAGAGGUGGAGCUGCAGGUGGAAGAGGGGGAGCAGCUGCGCCUGGAGGAUCGCUGCAAUCAAGAUUCGAUCUUCUGAGCAGAAUGGGAGGCGAGCGCCCUCAACCGCCAGCCAACGCACCCAAGGGUCCCGCAGGUACCCCAGCCGCCGCCAACAGUCGGUCCAACAUGCGCGGCGUCCCUACCGCCCCACGCGGCGGAGACUCCAGAAAUGUCCGAGGAGGCGGUCGAGUGGUGGGACGAGGAGGCAAGGGAAUCGUUGCUGGUGCUAGCGGAAGGGAGAAGCGCACACCCAAGUCGGCUGGAGACCUUGAUGCGGAGCUGGACGCCUUCAUGAAGGCUCCUCCUCCUGCUAGUGGAGCACUGGCCGAGUCUAGUCAUGCGCCCAAGGUUGGAGAGGAAGCAGAUGUCGAAAUGAAGUAACGGUCCAGAGAGAGGGUACUAGUACUGGUCCAUGCGAAUUCUCACCUUCAGGAUCUCCUGUUUCAUCCACGCAAUAUCAUCCACUUCCUACCAUCUCAUCAUCCUGCUCCUGCUCGUCCUUUCCCUCCCCUUCCAUCACACUCUUUAAUGCCUGCACAGUCACCUCCCAAUCCCUACUCUCCCUCACAUCCUGCACCACUCUCCCCUCUGCAUCCUCCAUUCCCGUUCUCCAAUUACUAACUGCCAAUCGAAUCGCACCAACACCACACCAUCGAGUGGGCGAGACGUAAAUUGCACGAGUGGCUUUAAGGGCAGAGAUGCAGGCGUCGGCGCCUGUU